AUGGUUAACUCGAUGCUGUCCACAUCGGCGGGGAAAGGCACUGGUGUUGCCAUGCCUAGUAUGCCCCGAGUUGUUGCCGACCAGAGAGCAAAGUUUAACAACGACGAGUUGUUUCGACGACUGAGCAGAGAUAGCGAGGUGAGGUUUACGGGGUGCAGAGACAGGCCGCAUCAUGAAAGAGCGGCGCGGUUUCAGCAAGGAUGCACCGAAGGACACGCGGAAAUUGCGUUUGUGACAUCUGGCACGAAUCUUGAGCUGUUUUUCUGUCCGACGGGGGAUAACAGGAGGCAAGCUCCAGAGCAGCGCGGCUAUGCGGACAUGACAGACCCUGCCAAGCUCGUCAGUCCGAAGGGUCACUGGUCCGGAGGUUCACUAGUCCGAAGGCUCACUAGUCUAAAGGCUCACUAG